UUCUCUUUCUCGUCCCCAGCCCUCCCUUUUCUCUGCAGUACUCGAUUCCUUUUGUUUUUCUAUUCGUUCUAGGGUUUUGAAUCAUGGGUCUCUCAUAUUAUAAUCCUUAACUUAAUUACUAUACAAUUUAAAAACUUUUAAUUGUUUUUUUUUUCUCUUUUAACUAUAAUAUUUUUUCUUGUUUUCUGUUUCCCCUUUAGCUUCCAUAUCUCAAAUUGGUGUAUGGCUGGCUUAGACUUAGGCUCAGCUUCUCGCUUUGUUCAGCAUCUCCAACGCCCUGAUCUCCACCUCCAAAUACCGCCCGAUUCCGACGAUCACCAUGACGUCAACCGCAACAACGGCCACUUCUCCGGCGCCGGCGCAGACCACAACCACGGCGAGGACGACAACAACACGGCCGGGCUCGACCUCGUGACGCCGAACCACGGCAUGGGAGACGUCGCGGCCCGACGCCCGAGGGGACGGCCGGCGGGGUCGAAGAACAAGGCAAAGCCGCCGGUGAUCAUCACCCGGGAGAGCGCCAACACCCUAAGGGCUCACAUCUUGGAGGUCAGCGGCGGCUGCGACGUGUUCGACUCGGUGGCAGCCUACGCGCGGAAGAGGCAGCGGGGGAUCUGCGUGCUCAGCGGUAGUGGAACCGUCACCAACGUGACUCUCCGGCAGCCGGCGGCGGCCGGCGCAGUCGUGACCCUACACGGGAGGUUCGAGAUACUGUCGCUGUCAGGCUCGUUUCUGCCGCCGCCUGCACCGCCGGGGGCCACAAGCUUGACGGUAUUCUUGGCCGGAGGUCAAGGCCAGGUCGUCGGAGGGAAUGUCGUCGGGGCACUGAUUGCGUCCGGGCCCGUCAUCGUCAUCGCCUCGUCGUUCACCAAUGUUGCGUAUGAGAGACUACCGCUCGACGAGGAGGAGCCGCCACUCCAGAUGCAGCAGCAAGUCUCACCGCCUUCGGGAGGCGGAGGAGGAAGUGGCGGGCCCCUCCCCGACCAAGUCUCACCGCCUUCGGGAGGCGGAGGAGGAAGUGGCGGCCCCUUCCCUGACCCAUCGGCUGGACUCCCUUUCUUCAACCUUCCGCUGAAUAACAUGGCGCCGCAGAUGCCGGUUGACGGUUGGGCCGGGAACUCGGCGACGUCCGGACGGCAGGGUUAUUGAAAGGAAAAAAAACAACGGCGUUUCCCUGCUGGUGUUAGGGCACAGAUUCAUGAGGUCAGAGAAUUAUUAUCUCCUAGACUGAUACAAUAUUACUCCAAUCUUUUGUACAACUAAUUAGUUUCUUCCCUUUCUUCCUGCUUCUCAUCAACCAAAAAAUUCUGUUGUUUUAAUUUUGUAACUUUUUUUUUUUUUUUUGAGAAAUGCUUUUUUGUUCAUGAAUGAUAAUUAUGAUGA